AUGGACCUUCCACCAGAUAUUCCAGCACUGAACUUUGACUUGAUAAAUCUUAGUCAUGCAGUUGAUACAUUUAAACCAAGUUUUUAUGAUUUAGGUGAUUUACCUACUCAAAUACCUAUUUUUAAUAAGGACAAUACCAAAGUUAAAAGAUUUAUUAAACGAAGAAUUGUUAGUGCUCCUCCAAUGGCUCAUGAGUUUAAUAAAUUUUCUAGAGCGCAAAAUAGGGUUAAUUAUAAGGAAUUACCUGAAGUUCCAGCUGCUAAUAAUGAUACUCAGUUUGCGGAAGCACCUGUUCAAAAAGUAAGAGAUUUCAGCGUGCCUAUCAUCUUGAAUCAAUCUGGUUUUCAACCAACAUUCAAUUACAACAAGAAUCCUCAUCAACAAAUGUCAAGUCAAAAACCACUAAUCACUCAAAAGUCAAUGACUUACACAACAAUACGACCAGUUUCAGAAAAACCAGGAAAUAAAAACAAUAACCACAUUUCAUACAACCAACCAGCAACUCUUGAUCCAAAACCUCAACAACGCAAUUCAAAACACGAGCUGAAACUGCUGAAAGACUCAUUAUUUUCAUCAUCUUCAUCAAAUUAUAGUUUUGUUGAUAGUUUAUUCUCUGAUGACUCACUAGCUACAUCAUUAAAAGAAUCUACACCGCCAUAUCCAGUAGAGAAAGAAGAUCAUUCCCAUUAUUUACCAAAAAUUCGUACCAAGAGACAACAGCAACAACAAGAUUCUUCAAAAUCAAAUAUUCCACUAAAUUAUUGUUUAGAUACUCCUCGCAUAUACUCAGAGAGUAGGUUUCCAAGGAUAGUAACAAAUCCAAUAGUCAAAAAUACUACUACACUACCUGCCAACCCCUAUGUUCAAUCUAGAUCAGUGUCUGAUCUGAUAAAUGUGAAACAAUUACCCCAUCCUCCUUUACAGUCUAAUAAUAAUCAAAGACCGAAUUCAGUACAAAUGAAAAGACACAUAAGUGCAUUUAUUGGACGUUGGAAAACCAAAGAAAUUCAAGAACAUUUAUUUGCAUCAAAGAAUUUACCUGAAGUCCCAAAUUAUUAUAAUGAAAGAGAAAAUAGAUUUGGUGAUAGACAACUAUAUACAUAG